AUGCCUCCCAGGACUUCAGUACAGCGCAUAUGGAUUGGAAAAUUUGUGUCUGCACGUUUCCCCCAGUGUCGUUUGUCGUCCUCGGCUUCUGGGGUACCGGAAGAUGAUUACUACUCCCUUCUGUUAUCUAGUCCAACCCCAAACCCAGCGAAGCAAUCAGUUCCUCCUUCCCAUGCCGCAAUAUUGAAAGAUCUUCAUCCUGUCGCUACUGAGACCGCGCCGCCUCCCCAGAAUCGCAUCUUCUUCUCAGCCCCACUGGCAGGGCCUUCGGCUCGUAUGCGAGGCUUGGCUAAAGGAGAGCGCGGUCUCGAUAGGCCCCCAGAACCUGACAAUUGUUGUAUGAGCGGCUGUGUGAACUGCGUUUGGGAUGCAUAUCGCGAAGAAGUGGAGGAAUGGGCGGCUGGAAAGCGAAAGAGAGAAGCAGAACUAAAAGGUAGGAGACCGAUGAAUGGUGAUAGAAAGGGCGAGUCUGAUAGAGAAGCUCCCCACGACGAUGAUAGUGUGGGUGACCUUGAUGGAAUUGGACGACUGGGUAAUUAUGCAGACACCGACCUAGACAGUGACGGUAGUCUUUUCGAGGGUGUACCGGUUGGCAUACGCGAGUUCAUGAAGCAAGAGAAGAGAAUCCGGAAUGGCACUGAAGCCGACAAUUCAUGA